AUGAACAGGAUACCGGAGCUCGCCCUGAAGCAUAAUGCCAUUCUUGUGAGCCCAGACUAUCGUCUUCGACCAGAGGCUACACUUGCGGACAUUAUCGACGACAUUCGCGACUUCUGGGUCUGGGUCGAAGAUCGACUGCCCAAUGCACUCGCUUCAGCUUCCCCGCCUGCGGAGCUAGACCUGGACAACAUUGCGCUUACAGUGGAACUUGCCUGCUCAAUGAUGCAGAAUGACCGCCUCGUGGACCUGACGGGUCCCAACGCUUACCUGGAUCCCCUGCAAAGCCUAGAAGCAGCUGGUGCACAACCACCGUAUCUGCUAGCCCAUGGAAAGACAGACACAUCGGUUCCCUUCGGCACGUCUGAGAAGUGGGCCAACAAGCUGAGAGACCUACAACCGGAGGUGCCGCUCCUCUUUGCUGUCAACGAAGGCGACCACAUAUUUGACAGAGAGUACACUCUAGACACGCCUUGGAUGAGAGAUCCCAUCGCUUUCGUUGAGAAGUAUUGGCCAAAGAACAUCAGAAAAUGA